AUGGCUUACCUUUGGCUGCAAAAGCCAUUGGAAGCUUGCUACGCACAGUUAAAGACUAUGCGGAAUGGGAAAGAAUAUAUGAGAGUGAGAUAUGGAACUUACCAGAAGAGCAAUUAUGAAUUUGAGGAAGAAGAAGUUGUCUUGCUAUGGAGAGCAGAAGGUCUCUUGCAACAAAAAGCUAUGCCUCAGAUUAAAGAUAUUGGAAAUCAAUAUUUUCAAGAUCUAGUGUCGAGGUCAUUUUUUCAGAUAUCCAGUAAAGAUAAAUCCCGAUUUGUAAUGCAUGACCUUAUCAAUGAUUUAGCUCAAGUAAUUGCAGGAGAUAUAUGCUCCAGAUUGGAGGGUGAUAAGCAACAACAGUUCUCAAAUCUCACUCGACAUGCUUCUUAUAUUUUGUCACGUUAUUGGAGGCCUUCUUUAACCAAUGUUGUUUUGGUUGAUAUAUUGCCGAGACUUGGCUACUUAAGGGUGCUUUCUUUGAGUGCGUAUAGUAUCACUGAGUUGCCUGAUGUUUUUGAAAUUUUAAAACUACUUCGUUACUUAAAUUUUUCUCACACUGAUGUCAAAUGCUUACCUGAUUCUUUAUGGACUCUUUACCAUUUAGAAACAUUAUUGUUAAAAGGUUGUUCCAUGCUUCAAAAGUUACCUUCGAAGAUUGGAAAUCUUAUCAACUUGCAAAAUCUUGAUAUCAGAAGUGCAAACUUGAUAGAAAGUAUGCCUUUUGGAAUUGGUAAGCUAACCAAUCUUCAAAGGUUAUCUGAUUUUAUCAUAAGGGAAGGUGAUGGUUGUCACAUGAGAGAUUUGAAAUAUUUGUCAAACCUCAAAGGUGAUUUCCGUCUUUCUGGUUUGGAGAAUGUUAAUUGUCGAGAUGCAAGGGAAGCCAAGUUAAAUGAGAAGCAGGGGAUUGAUAGACUAGUAUUGCAUUGGAGUAAAAAGUUUGAGAAGGAUUCAAGGAAUGAAGAAGAUGAAGAACGGGUGUUGGACUCUCUUUGUCCUCCAGUAAAGCUUCAGCAACUCAUCAUUGAGAAUUAUGGAGGUGCAAAAUUCUCUACUUGGAUUGCAGAUUCUUCCUUCAAGAAUAUGUUGUCAUUGGAGCUUCGCAAUUGUAAAAAUUGCAAAUCUUUGCCAUCGAUUGCACGGUUAUCAUUGUUAAAAGACCUUUCAAUUUGUGGUUUGGAUGAGGUACAUAAGAUUGGUGUUGAGUUGUUUGGAGCAAAUCAAUCGAAUGCAUUUGCAUCAUUAGAGACUCUGUAUUUCUGCGGUCUGCCAAAUUGGGAGGAGUGGGACCCAUGUGAAUGGGAUGAGCGAACUUCGAAAUUCCCCAGCCUUCGUGAGCUUUCAAUCCUAGAAUGUCCUCAAUUGUUGGGAAGGCUGCCAACCCUUCUUCAAUCCUUGCAGAAACUUGUAAUCUGUGACUGUAGAAGGCUGGUAGUUUCAAUUUCAAGUUUUUCGUCGUUACGUGAAUUAAGAAUUAAUGGGUGUGAGGAAUUGGUGGAUGAAUUCUGUACAAGAGGUUACCUCUUUGAAAAGAGUGACUCUUAA